UGAAGUUAUUAAUUUAUUACAGCCCAUCAUAAUGGGUGACGUAACUAAAUCUUAUCUUUAUGCAUGGUGUGGGAAGAACAAAGUAGUCCCAUCAUACAAUGUGAGAGCUUCUGGAUCAAAACAACGUCCCAGAUUUUUAUGCGAGGUUACUGUGCCAGGCUUUUCUUAUGUUGGGGCUGGAAAUUCAACCAACAAGAAAGAUUCCCAAACAAAUGCUGCUCGUGAUUUUUUAUUAUAUUUGGUUCGUGAAGGAAAAAUCUCACAGUCGGAAGUCCCUGUUGAAUUACCGACUGCUGUUCAAUCUGCCCAGAUGCCUGCUGAGUUACCAUCCUCUGGACCAGCUGCUCCUCAUAUUCAGCUGAAUGCCAGCAAUCAAAAUUAUCCAAUCAGAGAAAAUUAUGCUCCUUUUAAUGAAUCAUCCACUCCUGAUUAUGUGAGGAGAAUUGAAGAGCAGAGAAGAACUGAAGAGGCUGAAGACUUGGAUAUAAAUUCUGGAAUUCAUGGUAACUGGACAUUAGAUAAUGCAAAAUCUAGGCUGCAUCAGUUUCUACAAAUGAAUAAAUUAAACCCUGAAUAUAAAUACUCUCAAGUCGGACAAGAUCACAAUAGGAGUUUUCUUUGUGAGAUGAGUUUUUUUGUAAGACAGUUGGGUAGAAAUAUUUAUGCCAAAGAACAUGGCUCUAAUAAGCAAAUGGCUUCCAAAUCUUGUGCAUUAUCUAUAGUUCGACAACUAUACCAUUUGCAAGUAAUUGAAGCUUAUACAGGAGUAACUAAAAAGAAAGUAACUGAUAAGCUGGAACCAUAUGAGGUUGGUGUUGAUCCUCAACUAAUUGAAGACAUUGAAAGUGUUUUGGCUGAGUUAGAUAUUCAUCCAGUUGAAGUACAUGAGGGUGCUGAUAGUUCUGAGCCUAUCUCUUUAACAAUUGAGAAAAAUGUGGAAUUGGAUAAUGAAACACGUCCACAUCAUUCUGGUGUUGUUUCUUGGUCUCCACCUCAACCCAAUUGGAAUCCAUGGAUUAGCUGCAACAUUGAUGAAGGACCUUUGGCUGCUCUAACAAUGCCUGCCAUAAGUGAGAACUUGCUGAAUGAAUACAAUCAAAAACUUGAAAAUGAUGCAUCGCUUCAAAAGAUGCUACAGGCAAGAAAAGAAUUACCUGUUGACCAAUUUAAAGAAUCUAUUCUGCAAGCUAUUCAAGAAAAUAGCACAGUCAUAAUACGUGGAGCAACUGGAUGUGGUAAGACAACUCAGGUACCUCAAUACAUUUUAGAUUAUUAUCUCUCUAGUGGAUGUGGAGCUGAUUGUUGCAUUACGGUUACUCAACCUCGUCGAAUCAGUGCAGUUUCAGUUGCUGAAAGAAUAGCUGAAGAACGAUCUGAAAGCUUGGGUAAUACUACUGGUUACAGUGUAAGAUUUGAAUCAUGUUUGCCUCGACCAUAUGGCUCAAUACUUUUUUGCACUGUGGGUGUUCUCCUUCGGAAGCUUGAAUCUGGAUUACGAGGUGUGUCCCAUGUUAUAGUUGAUGAAAUUCAUGAACGAGAUGUUAAUACUGAUUUCAUUUUGGUUGUACUCAGAGAUAUGGUGCGUGCCUUUCCUCAGAUGCGAGUUAUACUUAUGUCUGCAACAAUUGAUACUACGAUGUUUCAAGAAUAUUUUGGAAAUUGUCCAAUCAUUGAAGUAUCUGGACGAACAUUUCCAGUACAAGAGUACUUUUUGGAAGACUGUAUUCAGAUGGUAAAUUUUAUUCCUCCUCCUAAUAUCAAAAAAAGGAAGCGAGAUGAAGAAGUUGUUGAAACCGAGGAACCUGAUGAAAAUAUGAACAAAGUAAUUGGUAGUGAUUAUACUGCUGCUACAAAGCUUGCAAUGUCAUCUCUGAAUGAAAAAGAGUUGUCUUUUGAAUUGAUAGAAGCUUUACUUUUGUACAUUAAAGGAUUAAAUGUACCUGGGGCUGUUCUAGUUUUUCUUCCGGGAUGGAAUUUAAUUUUUGCAUUGAUGCGUCACUUGCAACAACAUCCUACAUUUGGAACUUCAAGCUAUAGUAUCUUACCUCUCCAUUCCCAAGUUCCAAGAGAAGAUCAGCAUAGAGUUUUUGAGCCUGUUCCAUCAGGAGUCACUAAGAUUAUUUUAGCCACCAACAUUGCUGAAACUAGCAUAACCAUAAAUGAUGUGGUUUAUGUAAUUGAUUCUUGCAAAGUUAAAAUGAAAUUGUUCACUUCUCACAACAAUAUGACAAACUAUGCAACUGUAUGGGCUUCUAAAACAAACCUUGAGCAAAGAAAAGGUAGAGCUGGGCGAGUUAGAGCCGGAUUUGCCUUUAGGCUUUGCAGUCGAGCUCGAUUUGAAAAAUUAGAGAAUUACACCAUGCCUGAAAUUUUCCGUACACCUUUACAUGAAUUAGCUUUAGCAAUAAAAUUACUAAGACUUGGUGACAUUGGAAAAUUUUUGUCUAAAGCUUUAGAGCCACCUCCAAUUGAUGCCGUUAUUGAAUCUGAAGUUCUUUUGAGAGAAAUGGGUGCACUAGAUCAUUAUAGUGAGCUUACACCUCUAGGAAAAAUUCUUGCAAGAUUACCAGUUGAACCGAGACUCGGAAAAAUGCUUGUACUAGCUUGUGUGUUUUCCUGUGGGGAUCCACUGUGCACAAUGGCAGCUCACAGUAGUACAUUUCCUGAGCCCUUUGAUACACCAUUUCCAAAAAGACUGGCAUAUGUACAUAGAAAAUUCUGUGGCAGUAGAUACAGUGAUCAUCUAACUAUGUUGAAUGCAUUUGUGCAGUGGGAGGAUGCUCACAUGCAAGGAGAAGUUGUUGAGCAAUCAUUUUGUGAACGCUUUUCAUUAAGUCUGCCCACGUUAAGAAUAACUCACGAUGCACGGAACCAGUUGAAGGAUUUAUUAAUCAUGGCUGGUUUUCCAGAACCAAGCUUAGCAUCUCAGUCAUAUUACUUUGAAGGUCCCGAUUCUAGAUUGGAUAUUGUUGUUGCACUACUUGCAAUGGGAUUUUAUCCCAAUGUUUGUUUCCAUAGAGAAAAGCGAAAAGUGAUCACCACUGAAGGAAAAGCUGCUUUGAUCAAUAAAUCAUCAGUGAAUUGUACUAAUUUGCCUCCAAAAUUUCCCUCUCCAUUUUUCGUCUUUGGUGAAAAGAUUCGAACAAGGGCUGUGUCAUGCAAACAAAUGACAAUGAUUACACCGCUUCAUCUUUUGUUGUUUGGCUGCAAGAAAGUGGAAUAUUCUAAUGGCUAUGUAACAGUAGACAAAUGGAUCAAUUUUAAAAUGCCUCCUAGAGAUGCUUCAGUCAUUGUAGCGUUACAACCUGUGAUUGAGGACUUAAUCAUUCAAGCUGCUGUUGAUCCAGAGUCUGUUGCAGAGCCUAUUCCUGUCAAUCUAAAGAUUAUUGAAAUUGUAAAAAGAUUGUGUGAUAUAAAUGCAGCAAAAUAUGGAAUAGAAAGUUCUGAAGAAAGUCCCAUUGUAGAUGGGCGAGAACCACCAAGGAAAUUGCCUCGUCUAAGCGGUGGCGGAUUACCUAGAGGCUAUAGUGCAAGUGGCCGUUUCACUUCCAGCAGUGGUUAUGGAAGUCGUGGUGGAGGAUUCCGUGGAAGAGGAGGUGGAUAUGGACAGAAUUCUGGUGGCUAUGGAACUAGAGGAGGUUAUGGUGGGGGAGGACAUUACGGAAGAGGAGGUUAUGGAAAUGAUGGCUUUAACAGAGGCCACGGAGGUUAUGGAAACAGAGGUGGCGGUGGAGGAUAUAACAGAGGAGGUUUUGGAAACAGAGGAGGAUAUAAUCCUGGAGGUGGAUUUGGAAAUGGAGGAUACCAAGGCGGACAGUGGUGAACUAAAUAAUUCAUGCAAUUUUUGCAUAACUUCAAUAUGCAUCUCUCCAUCAAAUUUUAAAGCAUAAAGCACAUAUUAUGUUUCAACUUAGAUUUUGUUUUUAUUGUAAAGUGGACACGUUAUAGUUUUACUAACUCAUAUGUUACAUUGUAUAUCUGAUGGAAUAAAAAUGACUUUUUUUUAUUA